GAGUUGCCCGGGAGAUUUGAAAAAGCUUUCACUUCCAAAAAAGUUACAAUUAUUAUAGAUCGACAUGUAACAUUGAAGCAAGAGAACAAAAUUGUAUGUACUCUUGAUGACUUGAAGACAUCGUUUGCAUUUGUGGUCCUCUGUCCAGCUCCACCCUCCACACCGUGCCGGGAUUCAAGAUAUUCCAAACACAAGACACUGCUAGCAUGCUAGCACCAGUCUAGUACUAUUUUUUUUGUAGAACAUUGUGUUAUAGUAACUGGUUGUGCAAACGGUUUAGGUUAUUUAGCGCAAUAGAAGCACUUACGAUUUGUAGUUCGGUGUUCGAUCGUGGACAUGGAGGCUGCAGUGGAUACCCUGGAGGCUCAGUUCUGUAAAGCCAGCGCUGACCUAGGUCAUGUGUCCAGGAGACUGGAGCUGUCCUUCUCAGAGAGCUUGCGUGCUGUCAGCAGAGAAGAGCUCAAUCCACUCUCACUGUUGACCAGACUUGAUGCGGUGCGCAAUCGGAUGACGGAUAUUGCUGCUGAACGUCUUGCUCUGGAUCAGGAGCUGCAGGCUUCGUCGUCAGCUCUGGCAAGCCUGGUGUCACAGAACUGUCAGCUAGUGCAUGCGCUUCAGGCCACUGUUGGGCACGAGCCCAUGACCGUUGACGGAGACAUGUCGCUGGUAUGUGGAAUGGCUGGGGUGACCCUUUCCCCUCGAUCACCAGUCGCCAGUAGCGAUUUUGCAUCUCCGUCGGAAUCCGUUACCAGCUUGUCCCGCGAUGAGUCCGUCAGCAGCUAUGAUGACAUGACCAGUGGUAGUGAGGUCUCAAGUCACAUGACCAGUGGCAGUGAGGUGUCAGGUCACCACUCUCAGGUGACUACGGAAACGGGUGGUAAUCAGGUUCAUUUCGCAUCGGAUCCAAUAGCGUCACACAACCAGCGCUACUCUAAAGCAUCUACCCCAGCAUCCCGUCGGAAGGGCCAGCCGAGCACGUUCAUGCCGUUAACCGAGGAAGAAUUCAUGACCGUCAGCACUCUAGUGAGACGGAGAGCGAAGCUGAAUGAUGUGAAUCAUGUUUAUGAAAUCCUCUUCAAGCAUUUCAAGGUCGAGAACAACAAAGGUCCGCUGAGCACGCAGAAACUGACUGCAAUGGGGCUAGCAAUCACUGGUUCAACAGGGCAAGCUAAGCUCAAGAGCCUUGCCGCCCUGAAGUUGCUUCACAUAUCAAAGGACAACGCUGUCCGAAUGCCGUGAGAGCGAGAGUGGAUGCCCGCUCAGGCCGGUAGAAUACUUCAUGUACUAUUUUCAUAGCACAAAGGCAUUUUCACCCUUGUAUCUGUGCCUUGUGAUUAGAUGUCGGCAAGCCUGAUUCGUUGCUGAAGACUGACCGUUUUCUUUUCUUCUCUUUUUGAAGUCUUGUUUCCUUUUUUUUAAGUAGUAGCCAUCACCAUGAAACAUUCCUCAUUACAAAUUAACAAACAUUGCUUAGAGAAGAAUUUGUUUGCUAAGUUUUGGUACCACAAAGUCUCAUUCUGUCUUGAACUCAUGAAAUACACACUGCUCAACGUUGAUUUAUCAUAGAAGACUACAGUUUUAUUAGGAUCUUGCCUUUUUUUCAGCACAAUCAUGUAGACGACACUUGCUUAGAAGCCCUAUUGACUGGUGUCCAACAGUUUAAAGCAGGGAGUCGUAAAAUACGUAUAUAAU